AUGAAGACAAUUUUCGAUCUUCCAGUGGAUUUGGUAGAGGAUGAGAUAUUCUCGAGGGUGUUGAUUUCAUCUCUGAGAUCAGUGAGAUCAACCUGGAAGGUUCUUGAUGAUGUCACUCCAGACUGGGAGAUAUGGGAUCAUCAUCUACACAACGUGUCUUUGAAAGGAAACGCUUAUUUUUCUGCUCACAAGAUCAUAACGGAGGAGGGGAGGAGUACUGUUGCAGGUUUCUUCGUCUGUUUUGAUUUCACAACAGAGAGAUUCGGACCGCUUCUGCCUCUGCCGUGUCAGUAUCAUCGUGGACGAGUUUCUGUGUCUUAUUCUUGUGUUAGAGAGGAACAGCUCGCUGUAUUGUAUCAACACUGCGAUGCACGUGAGACGACCGAGAUUAGUGUUACGGAUAAGAUUGGUCCUGAUGUUGUGUCUUGGACAAAGUUUCUGAAAGUGGUCUCGAGCAUUUGUGUUCACCCUUCUUCCAGUAGCUUUUUCAUUGACGUGGAGAAGAAAAUUGUUGUUGUUUUCCUUCUAGAAAUGGUCCACGACUAUCUCUACCAAACUGCUCAUGUCUUCGGACAAGAUGGAUACUUCAAAUCUGUGAGAAUCCGACAAGCUCUUCUCGAAGACGUUUUCUCUAGUCCGACACUGGUGUGCUCUUCGUAUCUUCCAAGCUUACUGCAACCAACCAUGCUAAUUGAAAGAAUGUGA